AGACACCUGGCAGUAGGUGUGAGGUGAUCUAGCACAGCUCCCACCGUAGUCUGGCUUCCUGGCAUCUGAUGAUGAGUUUGACCCCCUCCAGGGGAUGCCUCCUGGACCUGCCCUGGGAAGACAUCUUGGUUCCACAUAUCCUCUGUCAUCUGCCACUGCAGCAGCUCCUGAGCCUGCAGAGGGUCAGCAAGUCAUUCCAGUCUCUCAUCCAGCUGUACCUGGCCAACAUGCGCUGCUUUGACUCAAGCCAGAUCGGACCUGCAAUCCCAAGAGCUGCGUUUGUUAACCUGCUGAAGGACAACGAAGUACUGCAGCAGCUGGCGCUUCAGAACUGCUCUGACUGGCUGACGGACAGGGAGCUGCUCCCGGUCAUCGGGCAGAACCACCACCUGCACCAGAUCCAGCUGAAGGGCUGUGCCCAGCUCAGCCGCCACGCGCUGGUGGCCAUCUCGCUGAGCUGUCCCAACCUGCGCCGGCUCUCCCUGGCUCACUGCGAGUGGGUGGACAGCCUGUCCCUGCGCAGACUGGCUGAUCACUGCAAGGCGCUGGAGGCUGUGGACCUGACAGCCUGUCGCCAGCUGAAGGACGAGGCCAUCUGCUACCUGGUGCAGAAGUGCAGCAGGCUCAAGUCUCUGUCGCUGGCUGUCAAUGCUAACGUGGGCGACGUGGCAGUCGAGGAGACUGCCAAGUGCUGCCCUGAGCUGGAGCACCUGGACCUCACGGGGUGUCUGCGAGUCAAGAAUGACUCCAUCAGGGUCCUGGCUGAGUACUGUCCCAAGCUGCGCUCGCUGAAGGUGAAGCAUUGUCACAACGUGGCUGAGUCCAGCCUAAGCAUCCUCCGAAGCCGUGGGGUGGAGCUGGAUGUGGAGCCUCCGCUGCAGAGGGCUCUUGUUCUCCUGCAGGACGUGGUUGGCUUCGCCCCUUUCAUCAACCUCCAGAUCUAGAACUGCAGCUGCUGGGGAGGGGGGGACUGACAUGACGGUGGGAUCCCAGGAGGAUGCCAGAACCGGCUGCUGUGGAGA